AUGGACUCCUUCGACGAAUUGCUGUACGAGCAGGAAGACCUAAUGAAAUCCGUGACUAAUGCCGUAGCCAACUUUAAAAAGUUGGGUCAGGCCAAGAUGACCUACGCCGUGACUGACAAACGCCGAGAGACUUUGGAGACGAGGUUCAAUCAAAGCCGUAAAUUGGAUGCCAAAUUACACGCUGUCACAGAUGAAACGGAGAGGGCCACCACACCAUACUUUACGAAUCACGAGUUUGACGCGUGCAAGGACGCCUACGAGUCAGCGUUGCAUUAUUUUGCAGAGGUUCUUCAAGACCUUUCCCCGUCCUCCCCUUCCACCUGGGCUAACGUAAGUCAUUCGCGCGAAUGUACGUCUCAUACUCCACCAAAUUUACCGAAGAUCUCGCUGCCGACCUUCGAUGGAUCGUUCGAUAAAUGGGAGAGCUUCCGCGACCGUUUCAAGUCGAUGAUCAUCGAUGAAAAAGGUCUGUCAAACGUGCAAAAACUGCAUCAUUUGUUUUCGUGCCUCAAAGGCGACGCGCUCACUGCGAUCGAACAUUUAACUGUUACGUCCGACAACUUUAAGGUAGCGUGGACGACUCUUUCGUCCAAUUUCGAAAACGAGCGUCGGUUGAUCAACGCAUACAUACAUCGCUUAUUUACAUUGCCCAAUGUCACCGCGAAAUCAGCAAUCGAACUUCGAGCUCUACAGAACCAACUAACUGCCGCUAUUGCCGCGUUAAAGAAUUUGUCACGUCCGGUCGACCAUUGGAGCGAUAUCUUCGUUUAUCUCGUAACGCAAAAACUCGAUAAAUCCUCGCGCGAAGCGUGGGAAAUUAAGUUCGGUAAAACUCUUGCGUAUCCUACAUUUGCCGAAAUUAGCGCGUUCUUAGAUUCUCAUAUCCGAGCCCUCGACGCGCUUGUACCCGUCGCUCCGACGUCCGAUAAACAGAGCGAUAAAUCAACUGCGAAAACAAAACACCGGGCGACCGCCUCACAUACCACGAGCGCUACCAAACUUUCGUGUCCUGUGUGCGACUCGAAUCAUCUAUUGUAUCAAUGUUCCGCGUUUCUCGCAAAGACUCCGACACAGCGGUACGAAAUAAUUCGUAAUGGCAAACGCUGCCUUAAUUGUUUAAGUUCGAAGCAUCAAGCAAAAGAGUGCACGAGUACCCGCUCGUGUAAAGAGUGCCAUCAAAAGCAUCACACGCUUUUACACUUUUCCGACGCUCCGAAAUCAGCUGUUCACGCGUCACCGCUCCCCGCGGCAACGACUCCCAUCGCGCCAACUAAUGAUGUUUCCUCGCAUAUCGUUGCGAAAGCUAGACCAGCGCAUCAAAUUCUGCUCGCAACUGCUCGCGUUCGCGUACAUUCAACGCACGGACGAUCUCAAUGGGCACGAGCGCUCAUUGAUCAAGGAUCCGCGACAUCCUUCAUUACCGAGAAUUUAGUACAGUCUUUAAGACUACCGAAAUUGAAAACCGCCCUCAAAGUAACAGGUAUCGGCGAGACACAGACUAGCGUUCGACACGCCGCUAACCUAACGAUUACUCCCAGUAACGCGAAUGCUCCGGUUUAUUCAACACCCGCGUUAAUUCUCAGAUCUCUUACUCAAUAUUCACCGAAUCGUCUUGACAUUCAAACACAAUGGCCGCAUUUGACUGGACUCACGUUAGCGGAUCCCGAUCCCGCGGGGUCAGAUCCAAUAGAAGUCAUAAUAGGAGCUGAUCUUUUCGGCUCAUUAAUUCUCGAUGGUAUUCGCAAAGGUGCCGCCAACGAACCGAUAGCACAGAAUACCGUAUUAGGAUGGAUUAAUUCCGGGCCUACCGCGCAUCCACGACCGCUAUCUCAACCGUCGAUCGGAGUGCAUCACCUUUCUGUAACGGAUGAUCUCGACCAAACUCUUCGACGAUUUUGGGAAAUCGAGGAAGUUCCCACUUCCGAAAAUUUAACUCCAGAGGAAAAGGCUUGCGACGACCACUUCCAUUCGACGCAUUCUCGCAAUUCCGAAGGUCGCUAUAUAGUCAGACUUCCCUUCAAAACCGGACCUCCUAUCAAUAUUGGAGAGUCUCGACAUACCGCACUUCAAAAUUACCUUCGCACCGAAACCCGCCUUAAAACGGAUUCAAAGAGAUCAACGGAAUAUUACAACUUUUUAAAGGAAUAUUCUGAUCUGGGACACAUGCAACGCGUCUCAGAAACCGAAAAAUUGAACGACUCCACGCAAAUCGUGUACAUCCCGCACCACGCAGUAUUCCGCGCUAACAGCGCAACUUCGCACAUCCGCAUCGUUUUUAACGCAUCAAGCCGAACUUCCAACGGUACGACGUUAAACGAUCACUUGCUUCCGGGUCCUAAACUUCAACGGGACCUUGCCUCAAUCAUUUUGCGUUGGCGCUCAUUUCGAUACGUUUAUUCCGCCGACGUGGCAAAAAUGUAUCGCCAAAUUAUCGUCGAUCCACGAGACCGUGAUUAUCAGCGCAUCUUCUGGCGGCCGUCUCCAUCAUCUCCAGUGGAAGAAUAUCGUCUCUGUACCGUAACGUACGGCAUGACGUCAGCUCCAUACUUGGCAUUGAAGGUUUUGAACCAACUCGCAAUCGAUGAGGGUGCUUCAUUUCCGUUGGCGACUCCCAUAGUCGAUCGUCAAACGUACGUCGACGACUUUAUUUUCGGUGCCGACGACAAGGCGAUUGCUCAUCAAACGCGCGAUCAGGUUGCUUCCCUUCUAAAAAGAGGUGGAUUCGUGCUUAGAAAAUGGGCAAGCAACCUGUCCGAACUCCUUGACGAUGUCAAAGCUACCGAUCACGGUCUCGCUCACAGCCGAGAGUUACGAGAAGAUGAGAGUUUAAAAAUUCUCGGUCUCACAUGGAAACCAGAUCGCGACAUCUUCCAAUUUACCGUUACAAUUUCCGAUCCGCCUGGCGAUACCAAAAGAAAAAUCCUGUCCGCCAUCGCUAAGCUUUUCGAUCCACUCGGAUGGGCAACUCCCGUGAUUAUUCGAGCAAAAAUUUUGAUGCAACGCCUUUGGACAGCCAACUGUGAUUGGGACGACGUCGUCCCCUCGAAACUGCUUGAAGCCUGGCAACAUUAUCACAAUCAUCUCCAGCAACUGGAAGAGGUGACGAUUCCCCGCUGGACUCAACUCAGUCAGCAAGUACAGCAUCGAGAAUUGCACGGAUUCUCAGAUGCAUCAACCAAGGCAUACGCUGCAGCGGUGUACCUUCGCGUUGUCAAGAUGAACGGGAUGGUGUCGGUCACUCUCCUAGCCGCGAAAUCAAAAGUCGCUCCCGUCAAGACAAUUAGCGUUCCGCGACUUGAGUUAUCCGCCGCUCAGUUACUCGCACGACUCAUCCAAUUUAUUCGCGACUCCCUCGACUUUCAGGAGACAAAGGUUUCUUGUUGGACCGAUUCCACAAUCACACUUGCUUGGUUGAGCCGACCUUCCACUACAUGGAAGACCUUUGUCGCCAACAGAGUCGCCGCGAUUCACACUCUACUACCGGAAACUCCAUGGCGUCACAUACCGACUAAAGACAAUCCUGCCGACUGUGCGUCGCGCGGCAUUUCUCCAAACGAUCUUGCCACAAAUAUUCAUUGGUGGUCAGGACCCGAUUGGCUUACUCAAUCUUCCGAGCAUUGGCCUAGCUCUCCUUCGGAUUUCGACCCCCGCGCGCUCAGCGAACAACGCGAAAACCAGUCUCUAAAUGCUACCGUUGUCGCACCGUGGGAUCUAUCACAGCGUUAUUCAUCAUGGAGCAAGCUCCUUCGAAUAACAGUCUACAUCUAUCGAUUCGUCACGAAUUCCCGCGCUCGGAAUACCGACACCAACACGACGAUACGACAACCUAGUGCUCGAAUCUCCGAGCUAUUUAACUCCGACUGA